GCGGGGAGGGGAAAGGAGACCCCGAUUUUACCCACAAGCAGGACUGAAGGGUGGGGGUGUCUGCGCCCUAGCAGCGAGGGAAGGCGACCCCCCUCACGUCGUUUGGUUGGUGCCCUGGAUGCAGUGCUAGAUUCUAACGCACGUGUUGCUCCAUUUCGAAUUUUACUUCAAGUUCCAGGAGCACCUGUUUACUCUGCCAUUGCAUGUGGUGAGUUAUUGAAUGGAUCAGAAGUUUACUGGGCCAUAGCCAUUGGUGAGUCACAUGCCAACCAAAACAAAAUGCCAAAGAUAAAUUCUGAGCAUGCUCAGUAUCUGCAUGUCCAAGAAGCUGAAGGUGCCACUCCAGAAGAGAUAAAUCAACACUGGGAAUGGCUAGAGCAAAACUUACUCCACACUUUGCCUGUUUUUGACAAUAAAGAAGACAUUGUUAGUUUUGUCAAAGGGAAAAUCAAGGGGCUGAUAGCAGAGACAACCAGCAGCAAACUAGCAGAGCUGGAGGAGGAGCCUGAGAAGUUCCGAGAAGCAUUAGUGAAAUUUGAAGCCAGGUUUAACUUCCCUGAAGCAGAGAAGUUGAUUACCUAUUAUUCAUGCUGCUGCUGGAAGGGCAAAGUUCCUCGCCAAGGCUGGCUGUAUUUGAGCAUCAAUCACCUCUGUUUUUAUUCUUUCUUCCUGGGAAAAGAAUUAAAACUUAUAAUUCCCUGGGUUGAUGUCCAGAAGCUGGAAAGAACCUCCAAUGUCAUCAUGACUGAUAUCAUUCGUAUCACCACUCCAAGCAAAGAACGUGACUUCUCUCUGUUUCUUAAUAUUGAUGAGGCAUUCAGGAUAAUGGAGCAGCUGGCAGAUGUAACGCUCCGAAGACUACUUGAUAAUGAAAUCUUUGAACUGGAUCCAGGCCUCCAGGAUCCUACUCAAAUUACAAAGAGGGAUCUGGAAGCCAGAGCACAGAAUGAGUUUUUCCGGGCCUUCUUCAGGCUGCCAAGGAAGGAGAUGGUACAUGAAGUUUUGGACUGUUCUCUGUGGACUCCAUUUAGUCGCUGUCACACAGCAGGAAGGAUGUAUGCUUCAGACAGCUAUAUCUGCUUCACCAGCAAAGAAAGUGGCUGCUGUGAUGUUCUUAUCCCACUUGGAGAGGUGGUCAGCAUCGAGAAGAUGGAAGAUACCAGCCUCCUCCCUCAUCCAAUCAUUAUUAGUAUAAGGAGCAAAAUGGCCUUUCAGUUCAUUGAACUGAAGGACAGGGACAGCUUGGUGGAGAACCUGCUUCAGAGACUAAAGCAAGUCAAUGCUGGCAACCCAGUAUACUACAACAGCCUGAAAAAUAAGGACACGACCUCUCCCACAUUUCAUUCAACGUCUGUGUUCAGUAACUGUGAGUCUGACAGUACAGGAAUAGUGGCUUCACAAAACAGCGAUGGAAAUGAUGGUGGAAAGGACGGCGGUCACUUGCUAAAUUCAGAGGAACUGAGGUCAAACGUGGCUCAGCCAGGAACUGAAGAGUUCAGGAAGUUCAAGGAGAGAGUAAAAGAGAGUCUGUGGAAUGAUCAUUUUGCAGAAUAUGGCAGAACUGUAUGUAUGUUUCGUACAGAGAAGAUCAGAAAGCUUGUUGCCAUGGGAAUCCCCGAAUCUUUACGAGGUGAACUCUGGCUCCUCUUUUCAGAUGCUGUGACUGAUCUUGCUUCACAUCCUGGUUACUAUGAAAAUUUAGUAGAGGCCUCAAUGGGCAAGUGUUGCAUAGCAACAGAGGAGAUCGAACGUGACCUGCAUCGCUCACUGCCUGAGCACCCUACCUUCCAGAGUGAAACGGGGAUAGCAGCUUUGAGGAGAGUCCUGACGGCUUACGCACAUAGGAACCCCAAAAUAGGAUACUGUCAGUCUAUGAAUAUUUUGACAUCUGUCUUACUGCUGUAUGCCAAAGAGGAGGAAGCCUUUUGGCUGUUGGUUGCAGUGUGCGAGAGAAUGCUGCCAGAUUACUUCAACCACCGAGUGAUCGGUGCUCAGGUAGACCAGUCGGCAUUUGAAGAGCUUAUAAAAGAGCGACUUCCAGAACUGGCUGAACACAUGAAAGAUUUGACCACGCUCAGUUCCAUUUCCCUUUCAUGGUUCCUCACCCUUUUUCUCAGCAUCAUGCCUCUAGAAAGUGCUGUGAAUGCUGUAGACUGCUUUUUCUUCGACGGAAUCAAAGCCAUCUUCCAGUUAGGCUUGGCUGUUCUUGAGGCUAAUGCAGUGGAGCUGUGUAACAGCAAGGAUGAUGGGCAAGCCUUGAUGAUUCUUAGCAGAUUUUUAGACCAUGUUAAAAAUGAAGAAAGCCCUCUGUCACCUUUCAAAAAUCACCACACCUUUUUCAGUGAUGAUCAAGAACCCUGUGCAGUGACAGAAGUAGCUGACCUGAUCCGUGACUCCUACGAGAAAUUUGGAGACUACUCUGUGGAUCAGAUUGAGCAAAUGCGCUAUAGACACAGGAUUCGUGUUCUACAAAGCCACGAGGAUACAACCAAGCAAAAUGUGCUCAGAGUUGUCAUCCCAGAUGUUUCAAUUGUUCCUGAAGACUUGGAGGAAUUGUAUGACUUGUUUAAGAGAGAACAUCUAAUAAGCUGCUACUGGGAUUUGACUAGUCCAGUAAUUGAGAGACAUGACCCAAGCAGAGCUUAUGCUGAGCAGUAUAGACUAGACCAUCAGCAGUUUACUAACCUUUAUAAACUUGUCUCGCCGUGGACAUGUGGGGAACACACUGAAGUCCUAGCUGAAAGGACCUUCCGACUGCUGGAUGAAAACAUGGACCAUCUAAUUGAAUUCAAAGGGCUGGCUUGCUGCUUAGAUGUUAUGUAUAAUGGAGAAAUGAAUGAAAAGAUAAAGCUGUUAUACAGGCUGCAUAUCCCACCUGCACUCACAGAAGAUGAGAGAGACAGUCAGUCACCACUGAAGAAUCCCUUGUUGUCAACCUCAAGGCCACUAGUAAUUGGGAAAGCGAAUGGUGAAGCAGUAGAUUAUCAGAAGCAACUGAAGCAAAUGCUUAAAGAUUUAGCCAAAGAGAAAGACGCUAAAAUGGAAAAAGAAUUGCCCAAAAUGAGCCAGAGGGAAUUCAUCCAGUUCUGUAAAACCUUGUAUAGCAUGUUUCACGAAGAUCCAGAGGAAAAUGAUUUGUACCAAGCCAUUGCCACUGUGACUACUCUGCUACUUCAGAUAGGAGAAGUUGGACAAAGAAGCAGCAGUUCAGGUAGUGGAUCAGGUGAAUUUACUGAUGACUUACAGGGUGAAGCUGCUGCCUCAGACCAGGAUGCUGUUUUUAAUGACACUGUGAAGACACCUCAGAAAGACUCUCAGUCUUCCCCUGUGGCUAAAGGAGACUGGACUGUCUCUUUAGAACACAUUCUAGCAUCACUUUUGACUGAACAAUCACUAGUCAACUUCUUUGAAAAACCUUUGGAACUGAAGCCAAAACUUGAGAAUGCAAAGCUCAGUCAGUAUAGCCUCAAAACAAAUGGAAUGAGCUACCCAUCACGGGGUGAACAGGUGAAAGCAAACUCACAGUAGCAAACCUCACUGUCAAGCUGAAGUGCACUGAAGUUACACCAAAGCUCACGUUGCAGAGGAAGACUUGGUUAGUAGCAGACAUCUAAUAAACUAUUUGUUGGUCUGCCACUGAGAGCUUUAUAAGUUAAAAGGGCAUGUAUUGUAUUUUUGUGCCAUUGAUUUAUUACUUGCAUUCUUGUUUUGAAUGUAAAAGGAAACAUCUGUCUGCAGUGUGAAGACACAGCAGCCCUACUACACAUUGGGAGAGCAGGAACUGGCUCCAGUAAUCCUGAUAGUUUGUUUUAUAACAGAGGAAAACAUUUCUCAGCUACUGUCUGCAGUUUGUUUGGGUUCCUUUUUUGCACUAAUCCUGAAGACUUGUUUCAAUGCUGGUAAUUGAAACUAUUUUAAUAUAUUUGAUUGUACUCAAGUUUGUAUGUCUUGCUAAAAUGUUAAGUGUACAUGGACUAUGCUUUUGAUGUUGGUCUGUGAAAACAUGCACUUUUCAAUAAACCUGUUUUUUAUACUGGA